AUGAUUUGCGAGAGAAAUCUUGGAAGGUUAGAUUACCCAGUUCGAGCUAUAGCAUUCAGUUAUGACAGUCAGCUGAUUGCAACAGGAAGUGAAGAUCAUUCGAUAGAUAUUGCUUACGUUAACGAUGGCUCCAGAGUGCACGAGAUUCGCCUGGAAGGAGAAGUUUAUUCCGUUGCAUGGCAUCCACAACAAUUUAUGCUGGCAUUUGCGUCAUCAGGGGAUCCUCGAGACCGAGACUCCUUUGGUGUACGACUUUUUGGGUAUACUAGUUGA